GCAAUAUCCUUCCUCUUCCAUAUCAGCCACGUUUCCCUCUCCACUUGUAUGCUUUUCCAAACCCUUUCUCCGUUGCCGUCGUCUUCAUCUGAUCAUGCGGAGCACCACUGCCGCCGUCAACGAAUCCGCCGCCGCUGAGACCGGUGGCGGUGGUCCAGGUGAGAUCAUGUUGUUUGGUGUCAGAGUGGUGGUGGAUUCGAUGAGGAAGAGCGUCAGUCUGAACAAUCUGUCGCAGUAUGAACAACCUCACGACGCUGCCGAUAUAAUCGCAAACGACAACAAGAACGACCUCGUUUCCGUCAAUAACAAAGACGAUGUUGCCGCUGGUUAUGCCUCUGCGGAUGAUGCUGUUCCCAACGCUCGGGGGAACCGCGAACGUGAGCGCAAGCGAGGUGUGCCUUGGACUGAGGAAGAACACAAGCUGUUUUUAAUUGGACUACAACAAGUAGGGAAGGGGGAUUGGAGAGGAAUCUCUAGGAACUUUGUUAAGACUCGCACCCCAACUCAGGUCGCUAGCCACGCUCAGAAGUACUUUCUUCGCCGGAGCAAUCUAAACCGCCGUCGCCGUAGAUCUAGUCUUUUCGAUAUCACGACGGACACUGUCACGGCUGCUCCAAUGGUUGAAGAGUCGGUGCAGCCUCAAGAAAUUCCCUCUCAAUCCCAUUCCUUUACGCCAUCAACCUUACCUGAAAUUUCUAAUAACAAUGUAAUCCCAAUAGUACAAACUUUGCCACUUUCGUUUGGGCCAACACCAUUAGCCACUCCAACCAAGAAUCUAAUGGGAAAGUGUGGUCCUAGAGAAAUAAACACAGAAAAUGAUGGAUCACUAAAGCUCGGUCUUGCGGAUUCGAUCUUUUCCUCUAAUCAAAUUCCAACCUCAACAAUGGAGUCGUCAUCGUCAUCAUCAACUUUAUCUCUUCGCCUUUCCUUAACAUCUGACCAGAUAGAUGCUUCAUCAAGACAUUCAACUUUCCAAUCCAUACCAAGUUUCAAUAAUGGUGAUGCCAUCAUAAGUGCAGCUUAAUGAAAAUUUACGGAUCUGAGAGGAAGAAGUUAUUAACAAUUAGAGAAAAAUGGGGCUUAGAGACGACGGAAGUUAUUAAAUGACUGAAUCUGAUCCUAAAAAAAUGGAUUGCUUCAUGUUUUUUGAUGGCAUCUAUGUAAUCUAGAUUCUUGAUGAUUUGCUGUUGCUGUCGGUAGAUGGUACUGACUGAAAAUAAUGACACACUAUUCUCUGUUAGAAAUGACUGUAUUUUGGUGGGUCUGGUCUAUUGUGGGUUUUGCUUUUAGUUUGAAGGAAAGAAUAUCCAAGUUGGAUAAAAUGGGUGGUGGUUGUUGCAAUAUUAUGAAAGAAGGGGGAAAAGGGGGCAAAAUUUCCCUUGUUUUUCUGUAUCUACCAUUAAUUUUUGUCAACCUUUGUGAAAGGAAUCACUAAUGUCUCUGUUGUGUGUCUGUGUCGCGUCGUUUUAAGUAUCUCUCUCUCUCUGAUAAUACGGUGUGGUAUUUGGGGCCUUCUAUUGUAUAUGUGGUUUGGAUUUUCUUCCUCUUAUCUUCCACAGCCUUUAUUGGAUGUGAACAUUUAUGUAAUAGAUUCAGUGUUCUUUCA